AUGCGAAAUCUCAUUGUGCUUGCAUCCAGCUUAGCGGUAGUCUUAUGCUAUCAUCAAUACCGUGAGGUUCAUUGUAAUACUCCAACCAACACCAUUCGUGGAGGACCUGACAGAGCUGAAUGUCGUUUAGUACUGAAAGAGGAAGAAUUAGGAGAGGGACGCCAAGUUCCUCAAGGCCUUGGAUGUUGGAAGGAAGAACAUGAUGGUGACGAGAGAGAAUAUUGUGAUAUUGUCUGUCCAAACUCCCACACUGUCUUCAUCUCCUCAAUUGAUCAAGGACAUCGUGCUUGCUUCAACUUCAUCACAUAUCAAAUUGAGAAGCGUGACAACGAGCAUUAUCUCUGGAGAAGUGGCAAAUGCUUGAAUUCUACCAUCAAUUACCGUAUUGGAUGCAAAUUCGAUGAUCCAUUCGACACCCAAUUCAAAUCUGACAACGAAAUCUUCGAUAGACUUCGUGCACGUGCUCGUCGUGCUUAA